AUGGGCCUCAAUCAUGUCUACGUGGUUACACAGGAAGAUCGACAACACGAUGCAGAAACUAAAGGAAUCCAUUGGGUGUUGGCGUCGACGUUCAUUGUGGGAACGAUGGUCGGCGCGGGACUUGUCGUAUUGCCGAAAGCGCUCAGUGAUACUGGAUUGAUCACCGGAUUGAUCGUUUUAUUGGGCGGAGCUGUGUUCUCAGUUUAUACGGGAAACCUUCUCGGCGAAAAUUGGUUGAUGAUGAGGAAAAGGUGGAGAAAGUUCGCUCUUCAUUGCCACGAUCCGUACCCAGAAAUGGCAACAAGAGCAUUGGGGAAAAGAGCCGGAAUUUUCGUCCGUCUCGUCCUUUGCAUCUCGCAAUUCGGCGUGGCAGUCGUUUUUCUGAUUCUUGCCUCGAUGAACAUCUCAAGCCUCCUCGAAAUGGCGAAAAUCCACAUCGGCUUCUGCAUGUCACUUCCCGCGAUUUCAUUGUUUCUUUGGCCACUCGUCAUGCUUGAAAGUCCAAAGGAUUUUUGGCAAGCAGCCGUUUGCGCAGCGCUUUGUACAAUGUGCGCAAUUGGACUUCUCUUUUACGGAAUCGCCAUCGAUCGUCCGACGUGUGGCCCCGUUAUCGCAUAUAAAGAUCCGGAAAUUAUGGGAAUUUUUCUCUCAUUCGGCACGGCUCUUUUCGCUUUCGGCGGUCAUUCUUGUUUUCCCACUUUUCAAAACGACAUGAAGAAUCCCAAGCAAUUCUCGAGGGUUAUCAUCACGGCUUAUUUAGUAAUCAUUUUGAUGUAUGUCCCGGUUUCGGUGUUUGCCUUUUUGACCUACGGAAACUCACUAUCGGACGAUGCCUCGAAGUCGAUCCAAAGUGAAUGGAUACGCCACGGGGUGACCCUUUUGAUCACUCUUCAUGUCACAGCGGCGCUUGUCAUUGUCAUUGCUCCCGUUUCGCAUUCCUUCGAGAAGCUCUGCAAUGUGCCGAAUCGUUUCUGCGCGCGCCGGCUCAUCGUUCGGUCGCUUCUCUGGGCUGCCGUAUUGUUCAUGGCGCUCUCUGUGCCUAAAUUCGGCGUUUUUCUCGAUUUGGUCGGUGGUUCAACAAUGGCGCUUCUUUCCCUCGUUUUCCCUCCUCUAUUCAACAUGUUUUUGGGAGCAGCCGAGAAAAAGAGACAAAUGACUGAUGAUCGAGAAGAGAAUGAAACGAUCAUUGCAAGCGUUUAUGAUGUUCUUCAAUGCACUCCAAAACACAAACUGUUAUUGAACACGAUUUGCAUUUGUAUUGGAGUGUUGAGCGGUGUUGCCGCAACAACGUCAGCGUUGCGUUCGAUUUUCUCACUAGAUGUCGCCACUCCUUGCUAUAUGAGACCAUUUAUACAUCUACCCGAUUCAUACUCGACCCCAGUCUUCAGUGGUGCAUUUUGUUGUGGCGAGAGUCGCUCAAUUCGUGCUCCUUUCUUCAAUGGAACCUGUCUCAAACAC